AGCAUAUUUCUAAAUGCAUAUGUAUGUAAGUAUGUACAUUCAUAGAUAUAUAGAGUGAGAAAGAGCACGAAAGGCGCAGGUGCAGCAUAAAUUUUGGUAUUAUUUACAUACAAAAUAGUUCAUAGUAGAAUAUCAGACACAUUUCUCAACAGUCACAACAAUUGGCAGAAGCAGUGUAUAUUGCUUUUUAAAUUCUCCUACGAUUUUCGGUACAAUGAAUAUGUUAGAUCAAUUCUGUUGCUUUCGUUUGGAAACCGCUGCAAAAUUUUUCGGUUGGUUGGGAAGCUUUGUAACUUUCAUUUUAAUUAUCAUUUGCGCAGAGUUAUUAAGAAAUGCACGUGCCCUUAUUGGAACUUUGACGAGAAGAGGCUAUCAUUUUGAUGAUCCGGAGGGCGCUGGAAACGUUCUGAUCAUUAUCCUUGUUGUCAGUAUUGUUGUUCUUGUCAUCAAUGCAUUGGCAAAUGCUGGUCUAGUGUUUGGUACAAUCAAGAAAUAUCACAAGUUGAUUUUGCCCUGGUUGGUCAUCAAAGCUAUAGCAACUGUGCUUAGCUUAGUUGCCAUAAUUAUGUAUAACUUUUAUAGUAGCAUUAUCGGAGUUGCGUUAAAUAUUUAUCUCUGGAUUGCCAUGUAUUCACUAUACAGCAAAAUCAAGACGGCAAAUGAGCAGCGUUCCUUAAAACGCGGCACUAGAUACUCGUAUAUUGCAAGGCAAACUGCGUAAAAAUUGUAUAUUUCACUGUAUAUGCAUAUGUGUAAAUAUAUGUAUAUGUUCAUUUAGUUAUAGUAUAUGUAAUAACAGUAAGAAUUAGCAUUUACAUAAUGAAUCUACCACUUGCAAAUAUUCUCUAUCAUUAAUUUUCCAAUCUAGCAACAUUUAGAUAUACACUCAUACAUUUGUACAUGUAUAUUUAGCUAGAAAGCUAUUUAUAAUUUCUUAAUAAAUUCUCCAAUGAUUGGAGUGCUCGUAUAUUAUGUAUUGCUUAUAAUUAUUAAUACAAAAGUCUAAUUGAUUGUCCCGCAAGCGAGUAAUUUGUAUAAAUGUGUACCUAAGUUUAUAUGUAUGUAUGUAUGCACUAAUACUGUUUACUAAAAUAAAAAAAAUAAAAAUAAUAUUAUUCAUAAAAUAUCUACUUUGUGCUUGUGUUCAUAACUAAAUGUUACGUACACAUAUAUACAUACAUAUGUACGUAUGUAUUUACAUAUAUAGAUUUUGGACAUUUCGUUUAAAUAAUUGUGAGAAUGUAGGCGUUGUUGACUUUUAUAUUAGAUUUCUUUUUGUUUUUGGUAUACACUGAACAUACACAACAAGUUUAUUACAAAACCACAAAGUUUGUAACACACAGAAGAAAACGUCGGAGACUCUAGGUAGUAUAUAUGUACAUAUGAAUGGAUAUUAUAUCAGUGGUCAGCGUUACGAACU